AGUUGGCACAUUUUUUCUCUAGGAGGCUGAUGUCUUCUGCAAAGAGAUUCUCUGUCCAGAAAACUUGGAAUUACUAGAAAGUCUUCCACAUGAAAGAAAGUCUAAAUAAGCCAUAAAAUUGUCUUGCCCUCAUCUUCAGAAGGAAGUUUACAAAGUCCUGAUUGUGUGGCGACAGGAUCAAGGAGGAAGUUAGACUAGGUGAGCAUGUGCUCCUGCUAUCCCUUUCAUGUGCAUAAAAUAGACAACUUUGCUUUUCAUUUCAUCUACCCAAAGGAAAUCAAAAAGGGGAAAUCCUUUGUGCUGGAAUUUUUUACUUUUUUUCCCUUUAAUUUUGAUCCCUUAUGAGAUGUAUUAAAUUGAGAGCUUAAAACUCCUUUGAUUGUAAAGCAGCUAGAUAUGAAAUGAUGAGUUUCUAGAAACUGGCAGUGAAAUGGAAUGGGAGGUAAGCCUUUGGUAAACAUAACUGCUGAAGAUAUGAAGAAUUCUGAGGCAAAAGAAGGUGGAAGCGGACCUAACAGAGAUAAUGAAAAAAGGAUUAAUCAUCCAUCUUUGUUCCUGGAUUUCUUCAAAGACAAUCUUUCCAGGUUCAAGUUUCCAGCACACUGACCUGCAGCCUUAACUCUGCUUUGUUUUUUUGUGAGCUCCCCCGACAUAUGUGCAUGUCUGGCAAUGGUCACAUAAACCUGUGGGGAGUACGAGCACCAUAGCAUGUUCUAUGCACUAUGGCACUUUAGGGGAAGAGAUCAGAAAGCGACACUGAACGUGCUUUAAAAAAAAAAUGAAUCUUAUUGUGAAGCUUCGUAGAAGUUUCCGAACCCUAAUCGUCCUACUGGCCACCUUCUGUUUGGUGAGCAUCCUCAUCUCUGCCUAUUUUCUCUACACUGGCUACAAGCAAGAGAUGGCACUUAUUGAAACCACCACCCAAGUGGAAUGUGCUGACGUCAAACUCUUGCCCUACCGGUCGACGGAGCUGAAAACGGCUAAGCCGAUUGAUACGUCAAAGACCGAACCCACGGUCUUGCUCUUCGUAGAGAGCCAGUAUUCUCAGCUUGGGCAGGAUGUCAUAGCCAUCUUGGAAUCCAGCCGAUUUCAGUAUCACAUGGUCAUCGCUUCUGGCAAGGGGGAUAUUCCUCCUCUCACAGAAGACGGAAAAGGGAAAUACACACUGGUGAUUUAUGAAAACAUCCUGAAGUAUGUCACCAUGGAUUCAUGGAAUAGAGAGCUUUUGGAAAAAUACUGUGUGGAAUACAGUGUUAGCAUAAUUGGUUUUCAUAAAGCCAAUGAGAACAGCCUUUCGAGUAUGAAACUGAAAGGCUUUCCACUGCACCUUUACAAUAACGUCGCCCUGAAAGACUGCUUUGUAAACCCCCGGUCUCCUCUGUUGCAUAUUACCAAAGCACCGUGGGUUGAGAAAGGUCCACUCCCCGGAGAGGACUGGACGAUUUUUCAAUUUAACCAUUCAACCUACCAGCCUGUGCUCCUAACUGAGUUGCAGACUCCCAAGACUCUCCCCGCACCCUUGUCUAGCUCUACCUUUCACGCUACGGUGAUCCAGGAUUUGGGACUUCACGAUGGGAUCCAGCGAGUCCUUUUUGGCAACAAUUUGAACUUUUGGUUACACAAACUCAUCUUCAUAGAUGCCGUGUCCUUCCUGUCAGGGAAGAAGCUCACGCUAUCCCUGGACAGGUACAUUCUUGUAGACAUCGAUGACAUCUUUGUGGGGAAGGAAGGAACAAGGAUGAAUAUUGGGGAUGUGAAGGCAUUACUAGAGACUCAAAAUUUACUGCGCACUCAUGUUGCAAAUUUUACCUUCAACCUUGGAUUUUCAGGGAAGUUUUACCACACAGGAACUGAGGAGGAAGAUGAAGGUGACGACCUCCUGCUGCGGUCUGUGGAUGAAUUCUGGUGGUUUCCUCAUAUGUGGAGUCACUUGCAGCCCCAUCUCUUCCAAAACGAGUCAUCCCUCGUGGAGCAGAUGAUUCUCAACAAGGAGUUUGCAUUAGAGCACGGGAUCCCUAUUGACAUGGGGUACGCGGUGGCCCCACAUCACUCCGGAGUGUACCCGGUCCAUAUCCAGCUCUAUGAGGCCUGGAAGAAGGUCUGGGGAAUAAAAGUCACCAGCACUGAAGAGUAUCCACAUCUGAAACCUGCUCGGUACAGACGCGGAUUCAUCCACAACAGCAUCAUGGUACUUCCACGACAGACGUGUGGAUUGUUCACCCACACAAUUUUCUACAAAGAAUAUCCAGGAGGGCCUCAAGAACUGGACAAAAGUAUCCAAGGGGGUGAACUCUUUCUCACCAUUCUUCUAAAUCCUAUCAGCAUCUUCAUGACCCACCUGUCCAACUACGGGAACGACAGGCUGGGGCUGUACACCUUCGUGAACCUGGCCAACUUCGUGCAGAGCCGAACUAACCUGAGGCUGCAGACCCUUCCUCCCGUGUCCCUGGCUCACAAGUACUUUGAGCUGUUCCCGGAGCAGAAGGACCCCCUCUGGCAGAAUCCAUGUGAUGACAAGCGACACAGAGACAUCUGGUCCAGAGAGAAAACCUGCGACCAUUUGCCAAGGUUUCUUGUGAUAGGACCACAAAAAACAGGAACAACAGCACUUUAUUUAUUUCUCCUUAUGCAUCCUUCCAUCAUCAGCAAUCUCCCCAGUCCAAAAACCUUUGAAGAAGUUCAGUUCUUUAAUGGAAACAACUAUCACAAGGGAAUUGACUGGUACAUGGAGUUCUUCCCCACGCCCUCCAACACCACCACAGACUUUCUCUUUGAGAAGAGCGCUAAUUACUUCCACUCGGAGGAAGCUCCAAAACGAGCAGCCUCUCUGAUCCCCAAGGCCAAGAUCAUCAGCAUUCUCAUCGACCCCUCCGACCGUGCUUACUCCUGGUAUCAGCAUCAGCGAUCUCACGAGGAUCCGACGGCUGUGCGUUUCAACUUCUAUGACGUGAUUACGACAGGAUCCUGGGCACCGUCGGAGUUGAAGGCUUUGCAGAAGAGAUGUCUGGUCCCGGGAUGGUAUGCGGUCCACAUAGAGAGAUGGCUCAAUUACUUUGCCACUUCACAGUUGCUAAUCAUUGAUGGGCAGCAGUUGAGAACAGAUCCAGCUACCGUGAUGGAUGAAGUACAGAAAUUCCUGGGAGUUACUCCUCAUUAUAAUUACUCUGACGCCCUAACGUUUGACCCUCAGAAAGGUUUCUGGUGUCAGUUACUAGAAGGAGGAAAGACAAAAUGUCUUGGAAAAAGCAAAGGCCGAAAAUAUCCUUCAAUGGACCUAGAGUCCAGAGCGUUCCUCUCCAACUACUACCGGGACCACAAUGUAGAGCUGUCCAAACUGCUGCAUAGACUGGGGCAGCCCCUGCCAUCUUGGCUGAGGCAGGAGCUGCAGAAAGUGAGGUAGCAGCUAAGACACGGGACCCAGCCUCUCCUGCCAGUUACCAUCACUAUUUACAAAAAGAAAAAGGAAAAACUAAGAAAAAAAAAAAACAACCAACUCCACGACCUUCGCUUCCCCCACGCACUUGUGAUUGUAAGUAGAGGACCUCAUAAAUGACUUUCAGCCUUUCUCAAAAAUAAAAAAAAGUCAGAAAAAAGGGGGAAGAAAAAGGAAAACUGUUAUAUAUAUGCACGUGCUGACAGUUCCUUGCCUCAGUCAAUCGCCGAAGUCAGCUUCCGGGGACCAAUAUAGAAUUCUGCAGUGUUUUCCGGAACCCAGAUUGGGAAUGACAACCUAGUGCAGUUCUUUUGUUACCCAGAAAGUCUCAGAAAUUCUAUGUAUGAUUGAUAGUCUUCAUCUCAUAUGGACAAAUUACAGUCUUUCAGGAUAAGACCAAAGGACCAAAGCAUCUGUCAGUGGAUUACGAGGUUAGUAAUAAACCCAGCAUUUGAAUUUCA